AUACAUAUGGUGUGUGCAUCAGUGGGGUUUUAGGGUUUUUGGUGUAUUCUCUCAGCUUCUACUGUUUCUCCUUCCAAUCGAAAACAAUUCGCCAUGACUGCACAGACCCAAGAAGAGCUUGCUGCUCAGCUUGAAGCCCAAAAGAUCCUCCAACAGGAGGCUGAUAAACCUGUGGUUGAGGAUGAAGAUGAUGACGAGGAUGACGAUGAUGAAGACGAUGAUGAUGACAGAGACGAUGACGAUGAAGGACAACAUGAUGGGGAUGUAAGCGGUAGAUCAAAGCAAAGCCGGAGUGAAAAGAAAAGUCGGAAAGCUAUGUUAAAGCUUGGAAUGAAACCAAUUCCCGGUGUUAGUCGGGUUACUGUUAAAAAGAGCAAGAAUAUUUUAUUUGUCAUCUCAAAGCCCGAUGUUUUCAAGAGCCCAACAUCAGACACCUAUGUGAUCUUUGGCGAAGCUAAGAUUGAGGACUUGAGCUCGCAACUACAAACACAGGCUGCAGAGCAGUUUAAGGCUCCAGAUCUAAGCCAUGUGAUUUCAAAGCCUGAAACUUCAGCUAUGCCUCAGGAUGAUGAAGAUGUUGAUGAGACUGGAGUGGAGCCAAAGGAUAUUGAAUUGGUGAUGACACAGGCUGGAGUUUCUAGGUCAAAUGCCGUAAAGGCUUUGAAGACGGCCGAUGGAGACAUAGUUUCCGCCAUCAUGGAACUUACCAAUUGAUAAUCUUUUACUUAUAUUUCUUAUGUGAUCUAGUGAAUUUCUAUUAUGGCUCUACACACUUUGCUUUUUAGUUGGGUUUGUUUUUUCAACUUUUCAAAUUUUGGUAUUUUCAUCAUGUUUUGUUUUCUGCUGUUGUAUUACUACUUAACAGAGAUCAAAUGCAUCUUUUGGUGAUGAA